UGGAAGACCAAUGUGCCUAAUGCAAGAUUCUGGUUUUCAAAAAAUAAUAAAUCCAAUACUUAAAGCCUUUGAACCUAAUUCUAUAUCUAUAAAUCCACAAAACAUAAGAAGUCAUGUAUCUGCUACUGCUUUAAAAAUAGUUGCUGAAAUUUCUGACGAUAUGAAAUAUAAGAUGGUUUCAUUGAAAGUAGAUGGAGUUUCAAGACAUAAUAAGUCAUUUUUGGGAGUCAAUGUUCAAUAUAUGCACAAAGAUACAUUGACUUUAAAAAUUAAAACCUUGGCCAUUUUCGAGCUUGUUGAACGCCAUUCCUCGAAAUACUUAUAAGAUACAUUGCUUAAUGUUAUAAGUAAAUAUG